UUGGCGUAUUGUUGUGACGACAACUUGCUCGCUGGGUUUUAAAUUUAYCCGACGUUAGCUGCGGUCUACGAAACCACCUGUCUGUGUUUUGUUUAUUUAAUUUGCUCUUUAGUAAAGCAUAGGCUGUAAGAAUGCCRCCUAAAAAACGCCACUCUGGGMUGACACAAAACAAGGAGCCGAAGCCCAGCGCUGACAGCGCUUCUUCUCCAGACAAGCAGGAUAGCCCAGAGUUAUCUGAGAAAAAACACAGAGAAAAGCACGCUGAGUUUGUGAGUCUGUGUAAGAGCCUUCAUGUUUCAGACCUGGUGUGUGACCGAGCCUGGGAACUGUGGGAAUCUGUUCGGGAAUCCAUGGAUAAAGUCCCUGGCAGUCAGCAAAGACUUUGGGGAGCUUGUCUGUUUGUGAUCGUAACAGACAUGGAUGUYGGCAGCUUUACUGUAACUCAAGUUUUGAAAGCUGUCAGUCUGAAUUUGAAGCAGUUUUUGGCUCUGGUGAGACAACUGGACGUUAACCUGGAUACAAUAAGCAUAAAGGUCAACUCGGCGCUGACGCGACUGGAGAAGAAGUAUGACGUAAUGCUGGCUCUUUACCAAAGAUUUGAGAAAACGUGCAAGAAUAUCUUUGUUCUGACAUCGGAUGGCAAGGAGAGAGAGACCAUGCGGACCUGCUGGACAAUGUUUCUUUUGGCAAAAGGAAGAGCCUUGCAGAUGGAGGAUGACCUGGUCAUAUCCUUCCAGUUGCUGCUUUGCACGCUGGAGUUGUUUAUCAAGCGCUGCUCUUCAGACCAGUUGCAGCCUUUAUAUCAAUCGGCCAUUAGCAAGGUCCUGAGCCCACCGACACGAACAUCUCGCCGCAGCCAGAGCAAAGCCAAGUCCAGACCUUCAGAACCAGAGGUUGAUGCGCAGCUUCUUGAAACCUUGUGCAAAGACAACGAAUGCAAUUUCGAAGAGGUGAAGAACGUGUACCAGACCAGCUUCUUGGCUUUUCUGGACUCGAUGGAUCUUUCGAGAUCCUCCGACUUUCCUCAGGUGAAUGAUGUCAACCAGCAGUAUGAAGAGCACUACCUCAAGAGCAGAGACAUCGAUGGACGUCUGUUUUUCGACGGGGAUGAGAGCGUCCUUCCUCCUAAAAUCGAGAUAUCACAGGUGGAGAGAACUCCAAAGAAGAACCAGCCAGAGGAAGACGGGCCGAUGAUCCCUCCUCAGACUCCGAUCAGAGCUGCCAUGACGUCUAUUCGGAUGCUCAGAGGAGAUCUUCCCUCCAACGGGGAUCAACCUUCUACUACACUGGCCACAUAUUUCAAAAACUGCACUGUGGACCCGACGCAGGAUGUGCAGAAACGUUUAGAGACACUUGGUCAGGCGUUUAGCCAGAAGUUUGGCGAGGCGGUGGGGCCUCACUGUGUCGUGUACGGCAGGCAGAGGUUUGCCCUUGGCAUCAGAUUAUACUACAAAGUAAUGGAGGCUAUGCUGAAAUCGGAAGAGAAGCGUCUCUCUGUGCAAAAUUUCAGGUAUUUAUAAAGUUCUUUUUGCAGUGCAGUAUAAAAAAUUUACUCUUGUUGCUGUUAA